UCUUUUUUUCUUCUUCUUCUUCUUCUUUCCCUAUUCCACACAGUCAGUGAAAUAAAAUAUUCAUUCAACUCCCACAUCUACUAGAUCUUUUGAGAGUUUUAGGUCUAGUCUUUCUCCUUUCCGUGAAAGUUCUUCCGACUUUGAUUUUCUGCGACGGCGGCCACCCCACUGGGAUCGUUUGUCGCUAAGAAACCCUCACUCAGUUCACACCCAAAACCCCACUGUCUUCCGGUCACAGUUCUUCGCCUGUGAUCAUUUCUCUACAACAGUCGCAAUCAUGUCUGCCGAUAAAGGAUUGGAAGAAGUCCCUGAGGCUCUCAUCGAGUCUAACUACGAUGAUGUCACCGACUCCUUCGACGCCAUGGAACUCAAGCCUGAGCUGCUUCGCGGUGUCUAUGCCUAUGGUUUCGAGCGUCCCUCUGCCAUCCAGCAGCGUGCUAUCAUCCCCAUCAUCAAGGGUAACGAUGUCAUUGCCCAGGCCCAGUCUGGUACUGGAAAGACUGCCACUUUCUCCAUCUCCGCUCUCCAGAAGAUCGACUCCAACCUGAAGGCCUGCCAGGCCCUCAUUGUCGCCCCUACCCGUGAGUUGGCUCAGCAGAUCCAGAAGGUCGUUGUUGCUAUUGGUGACUUCAUGAGCAUCAACUGCCACGCCUGUAUUGGUGGUACUGCUGUCCGUGAUGACAUGAACGCUCUCCGUGAGGGCCCCCAGAUCGUCGUCGGUACCCCCGGUCGUAUCCACGAUAUGAUCCAGCGCCGUGUCCUGCGCACCGACAGCAUGAAGCUCUUCAUCCUCGACGAGGCUGAUGAGAUGUUGUCUCGUGGUUUCACCGAGCAGAUCUACGACAUCUUCCAGCUCCUCCCCCAGUCUACCCAGGUCACCCUGCUCUCUGCCACCAUGCCCCAGGAUGUCCUUGAGGUCACCACCAAGUUCAUGCGCGACCCCAUCCGUAUCCUGGUCAAGAAGCAGGAACUCACCCUUGAAGGUAUCAAGCAGUUCUACAUUGCUGUUGAGAAGGAGGAGUGGAAGCUCGACACCCUCUCCGAUCUUUACGAGACUGUCACCAUCACCCAGGCCGUCAUCUUCUGCAACACCCGCCGCAAGGUCGACUGGCUCACUGACAAGCUCACUGCCCGUGACUUCACUGUUUCCGCCAUGCACGGUGAUAUGGAGCAGGCUCAGCGUGAUGUUAUCAUGAAGGAGUUCCGCUCUGGUUCUUCCCGUGUCCUGAUCGCCACUGACCUUUUGGCCCGUGGUAUCGAUGUCCAGCAGGUCUCCCUGGUCAUCAACUACGAUCUGCCUGCCAACCGUGAGAACUACAUUCACCGUAUCGGUCGUGGUGGUCGUUUCGGUCGUAAGGGUGUUGCCAUCAACUUCGUCACUGCUGACGAUGUCCGCAUGAUGCGUGAGAUCGAGCAGUUCUACAGCACUCAGAUCGAGGAGAUGCCCAUGAACGUUGCUGACCUCAUCUAAACACCCCCACCUUUAUACCUCAAGAUGCGGACUACGAUCGCAGUUGCCAAUAGCGGUCCAAGGGUAAGCUGCGGUGGAAAAGGCGUUAUGACAUCGUCGUGCUUCUCUUGGCAAAGGAGAAUCCUUCAAAAGUGGCUUCCUGUGUCUCCAGCAUUUAUUUUUACUCGCGGCGGCUAACGGAGGGCGUCUCUGUUGGUUGCUGUUUAUGGUUUCCUAUGUUUUCUUGCUUAUGGAGAUGCGACAUGUUUGUGCGAAUUAUUGCUGUAAUUCAUGGUUUCUCUUCCGCCUUUUUCCAACUUUUUUCCCUUUUUGUACCUAGCUCGCGCUGGUUGGUUAAGGAUGCUGCACAUACUU